GGUAUCUUUCUCUUGCUUUUCACAAUUCGGACAGUUUCCUCAAAACCCCCGCUGCGGUUUUCAAAAUUUUUAUUUUCUCUUGCAGAUAGGUUUUCAGGUUUCGGUUGAUCGCUGGUUCAAGCAUGGAGGCAAAAGAAGGGAUGAGUUCAGGAGUUAGGGUGGGAGGAGUUGAAGCUCCAUCGGCUUAUCAUGGGGCUCCGAAUGCCGAAAACCCUACCCGGGUUGCAGGAAUGCCUGUAGCAGACGUAUCAGCGAUGAAUGUGGGAGUUGAUGGGGCUAGAGUGGUAAGAGCUGAAGCUCCAUCGGCUUAUCAUGGGGCUCCGAAGACCGAAGACCCGACCCAGGUUGCAGGAAUGCCUCCAGCAAAAGUAGCAGAGACGAAUGUGGGAGAUGAUGGGGCUACUGUGAAGAGGAAGCGGGGCAGACCAAGGAAAUAUGGCCCCGGCGGGACGGUGACAAUGGCAAUGUCACAAAUGCCAGGUUCACCGCCUGCUUCGGGUACCGGUGGCAACUUAUCUUCAGGUGUAAGGGGAAGGGGGAGGGGGAGGGGGAGGGGGAGGGGGACAUGA